AUGGCCGACGACUUCGAUGCCAUUAGAGCCAAGAUCCAGAAUCAUCUUGUGUCGCUGGGCAAUUACGACGUCAUUUCCAAGCAGUUAAAACUCAAGCUUUAUGAGGCCGGAUGGUUUGAUGACGUCACCAAGGAAGCCAACAAAGAGCUUCAAAGCAAUAAGGAUGCAAACUUCGAUAGGUUGUAUGCGGCACUUCGGCCCAAGGCGGAGGAGAUGGUGCCCGAUGCGUUGAAAGAUGAGAUUAUGGAGAAGAUCAAGGCAUAUUUGGAAGACGUGAUUGAAUAG